AUGGGGACUGAAUUUAUAGCUAAUGAUAGUGAUGGUGGAUUUGAUAUUUUUCGGACGAGAUUAUUGUUGAUGUUUGGUGGACCGUUAGGUUUUCAUCUUUUGUAUUUGCGUGAACCGCUUGAAGCUUAUGUGUAUUUCGCGACAUUUGGCCUUUCGCUAGUUGCGGUGUUUUACGAUGCAAUAACUCUGAAUAGCCGAGUUGCUGCACGAAAUAAAGAAAUAGAUAUUGGAGCUAGCAAUGAUCGAAAAGUGAAGGUAAUAUCUACUUCAUUUAUCCGUUUCAUUGCACAGUUUCUGUUUGGUUGUUGGAUUGGAUUCUUAUUCUCUUUAGUUACUGUUCUACUUAUUGGUACUGGACAUCGCAUUCUUUUAGCGCUAUUCAUAGCUGCUGGUGUUACUCAAGGUGUUUAUGUUGUUGGCAAUUGUAGGAAGCAACAACGUAACUUAAUUUAUAUAGCACUUUCGGCAGCGUUUUGUUCUUUAAUAGCGAUUCUUUGUUUUAACCUUUCGUUAUGUCGAACAGUUUUCUUUACAUCAAUUUCGUCGACAUUUGUUGGCAAUCGCAGUACACAGCUUCGAAAUAUUCAGAAAUUUUCACUUGCCACAUAUUUCGUCCUGUCAUUGAUUCAUUCUUUUAUCAUGAUUAUCAUUAUGAUUGGCUUGAUGCGUGUCGUACUUGAUCGACGAAUCUCAGUUGUUACGGAAAAUUCUUACGCUCAUGUUUCUGCUUCACUUGGUUCUAUCAUACGGGACAAAUAUUUCCGAUUUCCAAGCAAAGAUAUUUUUGAAAAUUUUUCACGUAUCGAAUAUCUCCCGCUACAGCAUAUAACGAUAAUGAAUGCAGGAAAUUCCCCAAUACAGCACGAAAUUGGUCGGGAAGAAUUGUCUAUUUUUGAUUACUUGACUGUACUAAUUAUUGACUUCAUGCGAUAUAGUACGGAGCUGUCCAAGAACACAGAAAAGCGGGAGUCUAGUGCUUUGCAGUUGGCCAUGUGGAGGACAUUCGCUCUUCAUGUUUUGAAUGUGACGCCAUAUGCAUCGGAUGAAAAAGUGCUACAAGAAUGUUCGAAAUAUUUGGAAAAUAACAAAAUAGUAAGAGAGACUGUAGAAGAUAGCAACUAUUGGCGGCACAAAGCGAUCAAAAAAGCUUGCGAACUUUUACACGUGAUAAUGAAGUAA